AUGUCCUACGGCAGCCGAGUGCUGCGUCCUUCAACCGAGUGCUAUUAUGACCUCCUAUCGACGUUCAUUCGACAAACACGCCCUCACACGCGGACGCGAGUCGGGUCCCCUUCGCAGCGGCGCCCGUUUCACGACUAUUUCGUCACCAACCUACCCUCAUCCUCCCUUCAUCCAGAUUCACGUUCCCUGACAGGCCUCGCCCAUAAGUUUUCUAGCAAAGACACGACGCCACACUCGCCGGAUGGCAGAUCGGCUCCCGCAGCCCACCCGUCAGUUUCACGAGACACGACCGUGGUGCGAAUACCCCUCCGGAGCGCGAAACAUCAUUAUGGUGCUGCGGUGUCCCGGGGCAGUCGACCCUACAAUGAAGACUCGCACCAGGCAGGGAUCAUCGAGCUUCCGGCAUUCGCAAAAAGACCACCACCGUCAAUAACAAUGAAGACAAGGUCUCGGGAGGGCACAUCGGCCGACGGUGCUUCUGGCGACCCUCAGGUCUUCUACUUUGCUAUCUUUGACGGCCACGGCGGGGCGGAGUGUAGCGAUUUCCUCAGGGAGAGACUUCACGAAUACAUUGAAAACUCGGCCAAUUCUUUCGGGCUCCGGUCCAGCCUGCGGAGACAUGACCAAGGAAAAGAAGGAGUAGCACAAGCCCUAGACGAGAACGAUGUCGAGCAACAAGAGCAAGCCAAAGCAGUGUUGGACUCAGUCAAAUUCAGGAAGGAUGAACCGUCUCGAAUGAGUCGAUCGAGUAGGGGGGCUGCAAAAGGAUCUGUAUCGGAAACCAAUUCUCCUUAUCCCGGAGACCCGCCGUUGAUUCAGUACGCAACCAAAGAGAAGAUCCAGGCUCUGGAAGAGGACUUGACCAAGAAAUGGAAGGAUCUUGUUGGUGGCUAUUUCCGUCGAUUCAGACCGGAGUAUUUCUCCAUAUACAACGGGUAUCAGAAAUCAGGAGAAGAGUCCGUCCCGAUGAAAGAAAGCGGCAAAGAUGUGGAGUGCGGCGCUGCCAUUGAAGAAGUCAUCACCUACGCCUUCUUGAAAGCCGACUAUGACUUCGUUGCCGCACAGGCCGCGAAAGACUCCCAGACCAGGGACAAUACCCGGGCAGAAAGGCCAUUGAAUGAAGGAGAAAUACUAGGCGAGCCCAGCAAAGUCGCAUCUUACGUUGGCGGGCCCGCGAGGUUCAAAGGUGGCAGUACUUGUAGUGUGGCAUUGGUUUCGACUCCUUCGCCAACGCCGUUCUGGAACCCUGCUACGACAUCAUCGGUGCUGGUUGCCCACGUCGGAGAUACGAGAAUCCUGCUCUGCUCUACGGCCACUGGGGCGGCGAUACCUCUGACUACCAACCAUCACCCAUCGUCGCCUGUGGAAAGCAAUAGACUGAGGAGGUACGCGGCAACAUUCGUAACCGAUUCUUUCGGCGAAGAGAGAAUCUCCGGACUCGCCAACACCCGUGCAUUCGGAGAUAUCGCGUCCAAGCGCAUUGGCGUCAGCGCCGAACCCGAGAUCAAGAGAGUUGAACUGGGCCCGGCGGAGUAUUCGUUCAUGGUCUUGAUGUCGGACGGGGUUUCGGGGACUCUCGAUGACCAAGAGGUGGUAGAUAUUGUGAAAGAGGCCAGGACCCCAGAGCAAGCGGCCAGGGAUGUGGUCAACUUCGCAACGGAGGUCUCGACAGAAGGCGACAAUGCCACUUGUCUGGUCGUGCGAAUGGGAGGAUGGGAGCGACGGCAGGAGGGGGGCCUUGGAAGUCUGCGCACGAAGGAAAGCCGUGACUAUAAGCGACAAAGUGCCGCAGAUCCUCGGAGCAGACGGCGGUAG